ACUAGUCCUCGAUAUUGCUUCGUUGAGGAGGAGAUACGACUUAAAGCUGCGCACAUCCAUCCAUCCAUCCAGAAAUGACGAGUUAAUAAUCGCAAUAGUCUAGUAUGGAAAUUGCGCUAAAAAUAUAAUAAAAGGACACAGCUACCUGGAUUUUCGUCUUAUAUAAAUGUACAUGAAAACAUAAAAUAGGGGCCAGUGACGCAUUAGACCGCACAGGGAGAAGUUAACUCCAACGCUUAGAACGAGAGUAUAUAACAACUGAAACAUACAGCUCACUUGUGUUGUGAUCGACUGACACGAUAUCAACACAAGCACUGAAAAUGUCUGCUGGGCUAUUGGCUACAGUGUUGGCUGUCAACUUCUUUCUCUGUUCCGGAUAUGGACCUAUUGGGAAUAUUACUUGUUUUAACACGAUCAAUUGUGACAAGAGCUCUAUGUACAGCGAUUUGUUUGCAAGGAUCGUUUUGAGCUCUCCUAUUGGUAGAGAUGUUCUGUGUGACACUAAAACAGAUGGUGGCGGGUGGAUUAUGAUUGUGCGUCGGUCUAUAGGGGACGUAGUGUUUUCCAGAGGUUGGGCCGAGUAUAAGUACGGAUUUGGUACGUACUAUGGCGACUACUGGAUGGGGCUGGAACAAGUUCAUCAAUUGACCAUGGUUGGACGUUGGGAACUUAGGGUUGACAUUAAGUUCAAAGGCAAAGACUACUACGCAAAAUACGAUCUCUUUGAAGUCGAGAACGAGGCACAGUUCUACAAGCUCCAUGUUGGCGACUUCUCAGGAAACGUCAGCGAUGGGCUUUCUUAUCACGACGGCAUGAGAUUCUACACAUCAGACAAACCGACCAGUAACGACUGUUCUAGAAAAUACAGUGGGGGGUGGUGGUUUCAGGAGUGUCAUCGGGCCUACCUGACAGGUGUAUGGGGGUCGAGAGUCCUCUAUUCGGGGAUCCAUUGGUACCCAUUGUCCCCCACCGAAAAUCUCGAUUCGGUGGAAAUGAAAAUGCGAAAAUUGUGCUGAGUGUUUCGCUUGAGCUCUCAUCACACACCCCCCUUCUUUCUUCUCAACAUCCACAAUCUCCAAAGUAUGGCAAGUUUCUUAGAAUUUAUUGAGCUUGUUGAUCAUACAACAUUGCUUUAAAAAAAUACAAUUUCUAUCUAUUAAAUAUGUUGAUUUUGUAAAAAAAAUAAUAUAUAAAAAAUUCUAGAGAAUUUCAACAAAGUCGUAACAAGAUAUAAAACUGAUUAAAAGUUAUUAACAUUUAAAAACAAAAUUGUAAGUGCAAAAUAACAGUUUUUAAAGAUCGUCUCUAAAAUAAAUAAUUACAAAAUAUUUUGAUCCCGCUUCACAUCCUUCGUCACAAAUUGUCUUAUAAUACGAACGUCUUUCACAACCCCUCCACCCCUACCCCCAGCCCCAUAUCCUGAGUGUGACGAGGAUGACACUUUACACCGCUUAAAUUUAAAAUUGAACUUCGAAACAAAUUUUGAUGCUAUUAGUUCUUGUCUUAAACUUUUAAUUGAACUCAGAAUUUUUUUUUUAAUCCUAUUAGAACAAGUCAAUGUUUUUCUUUAUACAAUUAUUAAGAUUUAUGCUUUAAAAAUAAAGUUUAUGACACGAUGUAAAAAAAUUGGUU